AUGAUGCAACAGAGUACAGUAAGGCAAAAAGAUAAAGAAAGUGAAGUACUGUGAAGCCUUGCUGGCCCAUUGCAAGCCUUUGUGGACAGUGGAAAGAGAGUGGACUGAGUGCAAGACUCUUUUCUGGAUGGACACUGUAAACACUCAGCAGGACAGACAAGCUCAGGAAGAAAGCAGAUAAACAAGUGGAUAAGAGAGAAUGGAUAAGUGGAAACUGUUAUUAUCAAAUUUGACACCCAAAAAGGAACAACCAGUUUUCACCUUCAGUUAGUCUGUCAUACGAGUGAAGAUGCAAAGUCAGCUCGAUCUAUCUCUCACAUUCCAACAAUCACGUGUACUUUCGGUCGAGGAUGAAAUGGCUAACGAUGCGAAAUCUCUGCGUAAUUUUGCUGUGAGGAAAACAGCUAUUGUUGGCAAUUUUUCGUCCAAACUCAUCUUUGGUCAUAGCAUGGUACGUUUUCUUCAACUUGGGCAGAAUAAGCGCUGUGGUAGAACAGGACGAAAGACAAAAGGAAGCACGCUCAACUUCCAACUGUUACCUUUGUUGGAGACCUCUUCCAGAAAGCUUAUUGAAUGGCGGAUAACUGAAGUCACAAUCAGUUACCAAUACUUCAGGAUAAAGGUCCUGCAGCCCAAAGACAAGUUCAAUGCAGAGGUAGAAAAUAAAUUUUAACAGAACUCAAUUGCGUCAAGAUUGAUCAUUUGAUUUUGGGAAGAUUUAGUUUCCUUAUCGACCUAAAACAUCUUUUCUGCUUGUUAGCAUCAGGUGUUUCGAAUUCAAGACAAGAUUUGCUUAGUAACUGCCCUCCAUUUUUUUUUUCAUUUAAGAAUUCAGGUGACA